UGGAGAAAACUAAUAAUAAUAAUAAAUAAGGCCCUACAUCCUGGGGAUGCAGGUCGGGGAAGGGAGAACAGGACCGGGCCAUGGAGGUGUCAAAGGAGAGCAACCCGGUUGGUGGAAGUGUGUGGCAGAGAGAUGAGGAUGUAAUCAGGCCUUCACAGGGCUGGUAGAGGGAGUAGGAGAAGGAUUGGGUCUUACGUCUGCCCAGGGGCCAAAAGAUCUGAAGGAAGGGACUGAAAGCGCCCAGGCAGGCCCAGAGCUGCUUGGUUGCCGGACUAGGCGAGACGAGGAGAGCACUGGAGCUGCCUGAGUGCUAGAGUGAGACCGGGGGACUUUUAUGGCCAAGAUGUCGAGCAAGAUGUCAAGCGGCAGUGACAUUGGGCAGGCACGCAGGGCGGUGGAGCAGCUGCGGAUGGAAGCGGGUAUAGACCGGGUCAAGGUAUCCAAGGCAGCUGGCGAGCUGCUGCAGUUCUGCCUGGAGCAUGCGAAGAGCGACCCCUUCCUCAUGGGCAUCCCUGCAGCCAUCAACCCCUUCAAGGAGAAGAAGCCCUGCACCAUUCUGUGAAGGACAGGACCUCCUUGCCCUUCCUCCUUGCCCAUGGCAGCCUCUCCCCAACCCGCUAACACCGUAUGAUAGAUCGGGGCUCAGUUCCCUCCUCCCCACCCCCACCCAAAACCUGUUAGGUCUGCAUUAAAGUCAGCUUCAGGGAGCCCUCUGGGUCCCUCUGGGUC